AUGCCCCGUGCCAAGCGAGCCAAGGUCGUGUCCCUCACGAGGACCGACAAGAAGACCAAGGAGGACAAGGCGAACCUCAUCGACAAGGUGCGCGAUGCAGCCCAGGAGUACCCUUACGUGUGGAUCCUCGGCCACCACUCGAUGCGCAACAACUAUCUCAAGGAGGUGCGUGACCUCUGGAAGGGCUCCAAGAUCUUCUUUGGCAAGCUCAAGGUGCUUGCGCUCGCACUCGGCAUGACCGAGGAGGAAGAAGUUAGGACCGGCAUUAGCGGCAUCAGCCAGCGUCUGUCGGGCGACGUGGGUCUGCUCUUCACCGACAGCCCGCCCGCCGAGGUGAUGGACUGGUUCAAGGACUACCAGCGCGUCGACUUUGCUCGCGGCGGCUCCAAGGCCACCGAGACCAUCGAGCUGCCCGAGGGCGCGGUCAUGGCGCGCUCCAACCCACCAGACACGCUCCCGCACCCCGUCGAGCCGCAGCUCAGGCAACUCGGCAUGCCCACCGAGCUGAGGCGCGGCAUCCCCACCUUGCUCCAGAACUACGUCGUGUGCAAGGAGGGCCAAACACUCACCUCCAACCAGGCACAGAUCCUCAAGCACAUCCUCGUCCAUAUGGCCCAGUUCCGCCUCAUCCCGCUCGCCUACUGGAGCGCCGCCGACGCCGAGGAGAACAAGGGCGAGAAUGGCGUGCACCUCAUCGAGCUCUCGGAGCGCGACCAGGAGCUCGUCGGCAAGCAGGCCGGUAAGCUGCGUGCUCCCAGCGACAACGGCUGGUCCAGAGACCGCAAGAGCAACGGCGCCGCCAAGAAGACCGCCGACAGCGCCGACGACGACGAGGACGACGAGGAGAUGGCGGAGGAGGACGACGAGGAUGACGACAGCCAGGACGCAGAGGACGCAGUGACAAAAGACAUGAUGAUGCCGCCGGGCCUCUAG